AGCUCCCUGAGCCGGGACAGUCGCUCACUCUCUGGGCGGUGGGGCCGGUGGGGCCCGGCACAGACAGCGCCGCCACCCCAUACCCCCGGCCCGCCUCUCACGCCCUCGGAAGCGCAGGCUCACCGCUGUGCGCUGGGGGGCUCCCGGGCACCCCAGCCUCUCGUCUCUAGCCCGCGGCACCUCCGGGGCCCCCUUACCCUCCAGAGGCACCGGGACUUGCCGCAGGGGGGGUUCGGGAAAUUCCCCGGACCCCUGUGCCAGGAGGUGCCCGGAGCGCCCGCCCGUUCUCUCCCCCCCCCCGAGGGCGGUGCCCCGGGGGCGCUGCCCCAUGGAGCGGGGAGGCGGGCGCCGUCUGCUCCCGGAGCCGUGACCCGAGUCGGAGCUGUGUGUGGCAGCCGCCCCGACCCCCCGAGGAUCAUGCGCCGUUGCCCCUGGCUCGCCGGUCCCAUCGGGCUGUGAGCCCCCCACUUCUGGCCCAUCACGGCCCGCGCGCGAUGGGCAGCACCCACCCUUGCCCUUGGCUGCGGCUCCGACCUCGGCCCCAGCCGCGGCCCGCGCUCUGCGCGCUCCUCUUCUUCCUACUGCUGCUGGCUGCCGCCGUGCCCAGGUCUGCACCCAACGAUAUUUUGGGCCUCCGACUCCCCCAGGAGCCUGUCCUCAACGCCAACACUGUGUGCCUGACGUUGCCUGGCCUGAGCAAGCGGCAGAUGGAGGUGUGUGUGCGCCACCCAGACGUGGCUGCCUCGGCCAUCCAGGGCAUCCAGAUCGCCAUCCACGAGUGCCAACACCAGUUCCGGGACCAGCGCUGGAACUGCUCUAGUCUCGAGACUCGAAACAAGAUCCCUUAUGAGAGUCCCAUCUUCAGCAGAGGUUUCCGAGAGAGUGCCUUCGCCUACGCCAUCUCCGCAGCGGGCGUGGUGCACGCGGUGUCCAAUGCCUGUGCCCUGGGCAAACUGAGCUGUGGCUGCGAUGCAUCCCGGCGAGGGGAUGAGGAGGCCUUCCGGCGGAAGUUGCAUCACCUGCAGCUGGAAGCCCUGCAGCGGGGUAAGGGCCUGAGCCACGGAGUUCCCGAGCACCCAGCCCUGCCCCCUGCCAGCCCCGGCCUGCAGGACUCCUGGGAGUGGGGCGGCUGCAGCCCGGACGUGGGUUUCGGAGAGCGCUUCUCUAAAGACUUUCUGGACUCCCGGGAGCCACAUAGAGACAUCCAUGCGCGCAUGAGGCUCCACAACAACCGAGUGGGGAGGCAGGCGGUGAUGGAGAACAUGCGGCGGAAGUGCAAGUGCCACGGCACGUCAGGCAGCUGCCAGCUCAAGACGUGCUGGCAGGUGACGCCUGAGUUCCGCGCGGUGGGGGCGCUGCUGCGCAGCCGCUUCCACCGCGCCACGCUCAUCCGGCCGCACAACCGCAACGGCGGCCAGCUGGAGCCGGGCCCCGCGGGGGCACCCUCGCCCCCCGGCGUUCCAGGGCCACGGCGCCGCGCCAGCCCCGCCGACCUGGUCUACUUCGAGAAGUCCCCCGACUUCUGCGAGCGGGAGCCGCGUCUGGACUCGGCGGGCACUGUGGGCCGCCUGUGCAACAAGAGCAGCGCGGGCCCCGACGGCUGUGGCAGCAUGUGCUGUGGCCGUGGCCACAACAUCCUACGCCAGACGCGCAGUGAGCGCUGUCACUGCCGCUUCCACUGGUGCUGCUUCGUGGUCUGCGAGGAGUGCCGCAUCACCGAGUGGGUCAGCGUCUGCAAGUGAGCCGACAGCUUCGCUCUCUGCGGCUUUCGCUGGCGAUCUUGGCCUGGCAGCGUCGUCCUGGUUCCUGGAAGUGGAGGUUGAACCGCAACAUCUUAUAGGAACCUCCCAGCUCUAAGGCCUUCAAGACUGCAAUCAAGAGGCAGUCCCGGCCUGCCAGGACCCCCCACCCCCACCCAACUCACUUCUCUGGACUCCAAGAUUGAUUUGCCUUCCAGCUCUCUGCCCCAAGCUCAGACAGCUCUGUUGGGCUGGGGAUGGUCCCACAUUCUAGGGCAUCCGCUGGGCCUGCCUCCUUCCAUCCCUUCACCCCUUCCCAGGAGUGGGAGGGAAUGAAUGCAAGCUGAUGGGCAGGGGGAGGAGGGUUAAAAGAAAUGGACAUCCUUGAGCUGAAGUGAUUCUGCAGAGGCCUCAAACACACUCCCCACCAGCCUCUGCCCCUCAUCAUUCAUUUAACAAAUAUUUAUUUUGCACUCUUUGUGGCCUGGCACUCUGCGGCUGAGAGGUGCUGGGGAUACUGAAGUGAAUAAGAGACUCAGCACCUGCCCUCUUGGAGUUUACAUUCUGGCUGGGGAAGAUGGACAAUAAACAAGUAAAGACACAAA